AUGUCUUCUUCUUCACCUGAAUCUCCUUCCGGCUCACCAACCACACCGCUUCUCCGGCAAUCUCCGCGGCGCCGCCAGCCUGUAAUCGCCGUCCUGUUAGGCCGAGCUACAGGUCGGCGAGGCGCUUCGAUGCUGGUGAGAGAGACGGCUGCGCAGGAGCUCGAGGAUCGGAGAGCCGAUUGGGGUUACUCGAAACCGAUCGUGGCUCUCGAUAUGCUUUGGAACACUGCUUUUGUGGUUGUUGCGAUAGUGAUGCUCUUGAUUUCCAAGGAUGAGAAUCCGAAUGUGCCGAUUAGGGUUUGGAUCUGUGGAUACGCGCUUCAGUGCCUUGUUCACGUGGUGCUCGUUUGGGUUGAGUUUAGGAAGAGGAACGCGACGAAUCGGCGUGGUGGUGGGGAUUUGGAAACCGGAGAAGAAGCUGGUUCUGGUGGACGUAGUCGUGAUAGUGACGAUGAAGAUGGUGAUGAGAGAAUCCUCAGCACCAAGACAUGUGAAUCAAUGAACACGAUAAUAUCGUUUAUAUGGUGGAUCGUUGGAUUCUACUGGCUUGUAUCUGGUGGUGAUGUUCUUCUGGAGAACGCUUCGAAUUUGUAUUGGUUGAGUUUUGUUUUCUUGGCAUUUGAUGUGUUCUUCGCCGUCUUCUGCGUUGUUCUUGCGUGUCUCAUCGGAAUCGCGCUGUGUUGCUGCUUGCCUUGUAUCAUUGCUCUUCUUUACGCCGUUGCCGGGCAGGAGGGAGCAUCGGAAGCAGAUCUCAGCAUACUUCCCAAGUACAAGUUCCAGAUGAUGAACAAUGAUGGUGAAAAGCAAAGUGACGGUGGCGGGAAAAUGGUACCUGUUGAGGCAGGAAACGAACGUCUCCUUCUGCCUGAAGAUGCUGACUGUUGUAUCUGCCUGUGUUCGUAUGAAGAUGGAGCUGAGCUGGUCUCGCUUCCUUGCAACCACCAUUUUCAUUCGACGUGUAUUGUGAAAUGGCUGAAAAUGAAUGCGACGUGUCCAUUGUGCAAGUUCAAUAUACUCAAAGGUAAUGAACAAGAAUGA